CCGGCACUCUCUUUGUCUUGUCGCAUCCGCGUGCGGUUGCCAACUACCCAGCGGCAGCUGAGGCGGUCCCAGCCAUACAAACGGAAUACCGAUACAAGCGGGAUUCGUUUUCAGCCCGUUUUUCGAUGGAUGCUAUUCCGUAGAGCCAAAGAAUGGUGGGAAAGCAUCGAGCUUUCGGGCUAUGCUUGCGUCACGAUCUGAUCCCGUGGGCUUCAUCGGAAAUCGAGUGGCUGCCAGCGCCCUGGACGGUUGACGCACUGCGCAAAAAGCCAGACACAUGCAGCCGAAAUCUGCAAGACAACUUACCUAGGCAGCUAGACCUCGACUGGCGUUCGGGGUACAUCCCACUGGAGCACGACGCAUUAUACAAGGGAUCGCUCGCAGUUGUCAAGAUGCCCUGGAGUCAGUGCCAUUUAAAAAAGUCAAAAUACCCAAUUCUAAUUCGUCAACCGUGGAAGCAUGGCCAGGUGCAACAAUGGGGUCCUGUCGGCGGCCCCUACUGCGUCCCGGGGAAAGAGUCGGCGUCACUCGUUUUGCUAGGCUUUCUGGGGCAGCUGUUGUUUUCUGAAAGCCAACUCUUGGCUGUACUGGAGAAGGUCCCCCUGUUAAGCAUUCCGUUCGAGUGUGUUACCACCGGAACUGGCGCUCAAUUCCUAAAAAAAGACCCUCUGAAGUUUUUUCCUUGUUCUACUAAGAAAGAAACGUAUACAUUUAUAAGGCAGACUCUGUUCGUGGAGCCCGAGGACAGAAAUGUGUUCGACAGGCUAGUUUCCGGCGAUGAUUCCUGUGGCAACAUCGCGGGCGGUUUUUGUGAGUGA